GCGGCUCCGACUCGGGACGCCUCUGGCUGGGGCUCCGGCUGCUGCUACUGCAGCGGAGCCCGCGCUCCGGUGCGCUCGGCCAACUGAGUCCGCCGCGGAGCGCAGUCCGCUAGCCUGCCGUGCGCUCUCCGGCCCUUGUUCCCGAGCCUCCGGCAAUGGGAGCUGUGCGGGGAGCCCCGGGCAGCCCCCGUCGGCUGCCUCCUUUCAGCGUCCUGCUGCUGCCGCUGCUCGGCGGUGUCCAGGCAGCCAUCGUCUUCAUCAAGGAGCCGUCUUCACAGGAUGCGCUGCAGGGGCGCCGAGCGCUGCUCCGCUGUGAGGUUGAGGCCCCGGGCUCAGUGCAUGUGCACUGGCUGCUCGAUGGGGCCCCUGUCCAGGACACGGAGCGCCGCUUCGCCCAGGGCAGCAGCCUGAGCUUCGCGGCUGUGGACCGGCUGCAAGACUCGGGUGCCUUCCAAUGCGUGGCCCGGGACGACUCUACGGGAGAGGAAGCUCGCAGUGCCAAUGCCUCCUUCAACAUUAAAUGGAUUGAGGCAGGUCCUGUGGUCCUGAAGCAUCCAGCCUUGGAAGCUGAGAUCCAGCCACAGAUCCCAGUCAUGCUGCGCUGUCACAUUGACGGGCACCCACGGCCCACCUACCAGUGGUUCCGGGAUGGGAGCCCCAUCUCUGAUGGUCAGAGCAACCACACGGUCAGUAGCAAGGAGCGGAACCUGACGCUCCGGCCUGCCAGCCCCGAGCACAGUGGCCUCUACUCCUGCUGUGCCCACAAUGCCUUCGGCCAGGUCUGCAGCAGCCAGAACUUCACCUUGAGCAUUGCUGAUGAGAGCUUUGCCCAGCCGGUGCUGGCACCCCAAGACGUGGUAGUGGCGAGGAAUGAGGAGGCCAUGUUCCACUGCCAGUUCUCAGCCCAGCCACCCCCGAGCCUGCAGUGGGUCUUUGAGGAUGAGACUCCCAUCACCAACCGCAGCCGUCCCCCACACCUCCGCAGAGCCACGGUGUUUGCCAAUGGGUCCCUGCUGCUGACCCAGGUCCGGCCGCGCAAUGCAGGGGUGUACCGCUGCGUGGGCCAGGGGCAGAGGGGCCCACCUGUCAUCCUGGAGGCCACGCUGCACCUGGCAGAGAUUGAAGACAUGCGACCUUUUGAGCCACGGGUGUUCACGGCUGGCAACGAGGAGCGUGUGGCCUGCCUGCCGCCCCCAGGCCUGCCAGAGCCCAUCGUGUGGUGGGAGCGCGCAGGAGCCCGGCUGCCCUCCCACGGCAGGGUCUCCCAGAAGGGCCAUGAGCUCGUGUUUGCCAGUCCUGCUGAGAGUGAUGCUGGCGUAUAUACCUGCCACGCAGCCAAUCUGGCAGGGCAGCGGCGGCAGGACGUCAACAUCACUGUAGCCACUGUGCCCACAUGGCUGAAGAAGCCUCAAGACAGCCAGCUGGAGGAGGGCAAGCCGGGCUAUUUACACUGCCUGACCCAGGCCACCCCCAAACCCACAGUUGUCUGGUACAGAAAUCAGAUGCUCAUCUCAGAGGACUUGCGGUUCGAGGUCUCUGAGAAUGGGACUCUGCGCAUCAACAAUGUGGAGGUGUACGAUGGGACGUGGUACCGCUGCAUGAGCAGCACCCCAGCCGGCAGCAUCGAGGCCCAAGCCCGCGUCCAGGUGCUGGAAAAGCUCAAGUUCACUCCACCGCCCCAGCCGCAGCAGUGCAUGGAGUUUGACAAGGAAGCCACGGUAUCCUGCUCAGCCACAGGCCGUGAGAAGCCCACUAUUAAGUGGAUACGGGCAGAUGGGAGCAGCCUCCCAGAGUGGGUGACAGACAACGCUGGGAACUUGCACUUCUCCAAGGUGACUCGCAGUGAUGCCGGCAACUACACAUGCAUUGCCUCCAACGGGCCGCAGGGCCAGAUCCGGGCCCACGUCCAGCUCACCGUGGCAGUUUUCAUCACCUUCAAGGUGGAGCCGGAGCGCACAACCGUGUACCAGGGCCACACAGCCCUGCUGCGAUGUGAGGCCCAGGGUGACCCCAAACCACUCAUUCAGUGGAAGGGCAAAGACCGCAUCCUGGACCCCACCAAGCUGGGACCCAGGAUGCACAUCUUCCAGAAUGGCUCCUUGGUGAUCCACGACGUAGCCCCUGAGGACUCGGGCCGCUACACCUGCAUCGCGGGCAAUAGCUGCAACAUCAAGCACACAGAGGCCCCCCUCUACGUUGUGGACAAGCCAGUGCUGGAGGAGUCGGAGGGCCCAGGCAGCCCUCCCCCCUACAAGAUGAUCCAGACCAUUGGGCUGUCGGUGGGCGCUGCCGUGGCCUACAUCAUCGCUGUGCUCGGCCUCAUGUUCUAUUGCAAGAAGCGCUGCAAAGCCAAGCGGCUUCAGAAGCAGCCCGAGGGCGAAGAGCCAGAGAUGGAAUGCCUCAACGGGGGGCCUUUGCAGAAUGGGCAGCCCUCGGCAGAGAUCCAAGAGGAAGUGGCCUUGACCAGUGUGGGCCCCGGCCCUGCAGCCGCCAACAAGCGCCACAGCACGAGUGAUAAGAUGCACUUCCCGCGGGCCAGCCUGCAGCCCAUCACCACACUGGGGAAAAGUGAGUUUGGGGAGGUGUUCCUGGCGAAGGCUCAGGGCUUGGAGGAAGGGGUAGCAGAGACCCUGGUGCUCGUGAAGACUCUGCAGAGCCGGGAUGAGCAGCAGCAGCUGGACUUCCGGAGAGAGUUUGAGAUGUUCGGGAAGCUGAACCACACCAACGUGGUGCGGCUCCUGGGGCUGUGCCGGGAGGCCGAGCCCCACUACAUGGUGCUGGAGUACGUGGACCUGGGAGACCUCAAACAGUUCCUGAGGAUUUCCAAGAGCAAGGACGAGAAACUGAAGUCCCAGCCCCUGAGCACCAAGCAGAAGGUGGCCCUGUGCACCCAGGUGGCCCUGGGCAUGGAGCACCUGUCCAACAACCGCUUUGUGCACAAGGACUUGGCUGCUCGCAACUGCCUGGUCAGUGCCCAGAGACAGGUGAAGGUGUCGGCCCUGGGACUCAGCAAGGAUGUAUACAACAGUGAGUACUACCACUUCCGCCAGGCCUGGGUGCCGCUGCGCUGGAUGUCCCCUGAGGCCAUCCUGGAGGGCGACUUCUCCACCAAGUCGGAUGUCUGGGCCUUUGGAGUGCUGAUGUGGGAAGUGUUCACCCACGGGGAGAUGCCCCACGGGGGGCAGACAGAUGAUGGAGUGCUGGCAGACUUGCAGGCUGGGAAGGCAAGACUCUCACAGCCUGAGGGCUGCCCUUCCAAGCUGUACCGGCUGAUGCAGCGGUGCUGGGCUCUCAGCCCCAAAGACCGGCCUUCCUUCAGCGAGAUCGCCAACACCCUGGGAGAUAGCCCUGCUGACAGCAAGCCGUGAGGAGGGAGCUGGGCAGGCUGUGCCUCUGGACGGCAUGGGCAGGGGUAGGGGCCUUCCAAGGGGUGCCUGCAGCAUGAUGGGCAAGGUCUCCGUCCUCCUCGGCCCUCCAGCCCCCCACCUUGGCACAACAGGCAUUGCUGAGGCCUGGGCAGGGCCUGGGCUUCCCUCUCCCUCCCUCCCCCCUCAGCCCCUGAGGAGGCUGAUUCAGACCCAGACUGGGUGACUAGGGCCUUGGGCUGGGCAGCUUUCUCUGCCACCCCUUCCCCCAUCAGGGGCAGUGUGGGUACCUCAGGUAACCCCAAUUUCUGUCCUGUGACUUCUCCCCAGCCAGGUCCAGCUCUGCCAUUCACCUGCCAGCUUUGCCUGGGGAGGGCUAGGCUGGGGAUGAGCUGGGUUUGGGGAUUGCUGCUUAAGAUACUCAAGUUCCUGGGUAGUUCUGGGCUCAUGGGGCAAAGGGGCCUCUUGGCACAUGGGUCCCACCUUGGGGUCUAGACAAGGACUGUGGAGACACAGCAAGUAAGUGCUCCCCUCCGUGGACUCGUGCAUGCUGACCCAGACCCAUGCCUCCUCCCUACUCUUCUCUCUUUUUCUCAUCCUAAGUGCCUGGCAGAUGAAGGAGUUUUCAGGAGCUUUUGACACUAUAUAACCCGCCCUUUUUGUACGCGCCCUGGGCGGCUUUUGUAUGUAACUGCAGCGUGGGGUGGUGGGCAUGGGGGGUGAGAGUGGGCCCUGCAGGGGAUGGAAGGGCCACACUGCCCCUUCCCCACGCCUUUAUUGUUGUUGUUUGUUUGGGUUUUUGUUUUUUGUUUUUUUUUACACUCGCUGCUCUGAAUAAAGAAGCCUUUU